AACGUUUAACUGUGAAGAUCUAAAACUUGGAUACCGUGCCCACAUCUUUAUUAUGCUUCACAUUUCACACUUUUUAUGACAGCGCAAAUAUGGCGCAGGUGGCGGACGAUUCGUCGUUUGCCGCACGCUCGGAAACAAUUACUCAGCUCGCUGAGGAUUAUUGGGUUCCUCACAACAGAUCAUCAUGGCUAAAGUACGAUUCCGAGGUGGUUGUCAAUGUCUACCAGAAAGAAAUUGCCGGAUCCGGCUUUUCCAUCAAGAAAGUGAUGCUCCUGGAGUUCAGUCAGUACUUGGAAAACUACCUGUGGCCGAACUAUGACCCCGACACCUCAUCCGCCGAACAUGUGAUGUCACUGGUUGUGAUGGUGAAUGAAAAGUUUCGUGAACGCGUUCCGGCGUGGCAGACCUUCAUUAGUGCCCCCGCACAUUUUCCAGGUUUCUUCAGAAAAGUCAUGGAGAGCGCCCUGGAUGACAGCUUUCGCUUCUCGUUGCGUGAGAAAACGGCUCUUAUCGUGUUUUUUAUUCACUGCUUCAACAGUAUGGAAGUCAGCCUGAUAAGACAACAAAUUCAGAGGCUGGUGUCGCUCUCAAUCUGGAGAACCCUAUUGCUAGAGCGCAGAGAGCAUGAGUUCAAACGUUUCCCGAAACUUAAAAAGUUCUGGGCGCACAUAGAGAAAAAUGACAAGAAAUUAGACGAAGAUGCCUUUAAUAAGAUUACGUACGAACGGGAAUUCCUGUCACAGCUCAUCAAACACUUUUUCAAGCACUUGGAUUCUGUGCCAAGUAAACGGAGUGUUCCGGAACUCGACAAAGCCGCAAUGGAAACUGUACAUUACUGUGAAAGGUUCCUCGAGUUGAUGAUCGACCUCGAGGCAUUGCUCCCUACGAGGCGUUUUUUCAACACCGUCUUGGACGACUCCCACCUGGUGGUUAAGUGUCGUCUGUCCUCCCUCGCUGACAGGCCCGAGGGUCGGCUGUUUAGUCAGCUACUCGACCGGCUCAAAUUCUAUUCCAGGUUCGAGAUCAACGACCAAACGGGCGAAGAACUCUCGGACCACGACAUGAUGCAGAUACACUACGACAGUAUUACUGCCCUUCAGAAGGCAGCUUUCAAGAGCUUUCCAAAUCUUCGUCCGUUCGCUCUCUCCAACGUAGCGAGCGUGGACACGCGCGAAAAGUUGCUCAACCAUUUCGGAUCGCUCAAGACGGAAGAAUUGCACCGAAUAGCCGCGUCCCUGUUCCUGGUGGCUCCGCUGAAAAAGUCAGACGAAAAGUCUACAUAUGACCACGAGUUUCUGCAGGAGCUGCUCAUCUCUCAACACGAAAAACGGCAGUCCCAACUCGACAGCCUCAACGAGAUGCCGCUCUACCCGACCGAAACCGUCGUCUGGGACGAGAACGUCGUCCCUUCCGAGUACUUCUCGGGCGAAGGUUGCCUGGCGCUGCCGAAGCUCAACCUGCAGUUCCUCACCCUGCACGAUUACCUUCUGCGCAACUUCCACCUCUUCCGCCUGGAGUCAACCUACGAGAUCCGCCAGGACAUAGAGGACUGCGUGAGCCGCCUCAAGCCGUGGAAGACGGAGGAAGGAGGCGUCAUGUUCGGCGGGUGGGCGAGGAUGGCGCAGCCCAUCGUCAACUUUGCCGUCGUCGAGGUCGGAAAGCCCAACAUCGGCGAGAAGCAGCCGUCGAAGGUGCGCGCGGAUAUCACGCUGAACCUCAACGUCAGGAGGGAGAUCAGGGCCGAAUGGGAGGCGCUGCGCAAGCACGACGUCUGCUUCCUCGUCACCGUUCGGCCGGCGUCCCUGCCCGGGACUCCGUACAACUACAGGGAGCCCUUCAUUCCGCAGGUCGGCCUCACCUACGUCCGCGGAUGCGAAGUCGAGGGCAUGCUCGACAGCAACGGCCGCGUCGUCGAGGAAGGCCCCGAGCCGAAGCCCGUGCUCCCGGGAGAAACGCGGACGUUCCGCGUCUGGUUGGACUGCAACCAGUACAAGCUCGACAUGGACCAAAACGUGAAGGGCGGGGAAGACAUCUACGAGACGUUCAACAUCCUCAUGCGGAGGAAGCCCAAGGAGAACAACUUCAAGGCCGUCCUGGAGACCAUUCGGGACUUGAUGAACACCGAAUGCGUCGUGCCGGACUGGCUCCACGACAUCAUCCUUGGGUACGGCGAUCCGGGUGCAGCUCACUACUCGAAGAUGAGCAAUCAGAUCGCCACGCUCAACUUCAACGACACCUUCCUCAACGUCGACCACCUCAAGGCCAGCUUUCCCAAGAGCGAAAUUAGGUUCGAGGUUGACGACCAGACCAAGUUAGUUCUCCCUUUCAGGCUGACGUUUAAUGGCGUCGAGCGCGGAGAAGACGCUGAGUCAAAAAAGAUGGAUGUCGACGGCGCGGAAGAGGAGGCGACGGAAAAAAUCGACGUGACGCCCUUCGUCGUUGAGAGUAGAAGUCCCUACCUCAGUCAGGUGGCCAAGAAGAACGCGGUGCCCUUCACGCCGACCCAGGUCGAAGCGAUCAAAGCUGGGAUGCAGCCGGGACUCACGGUCAUCGUGGGUCCGCCGGGUACGGGAAAGACGGACGUGGCGGUGCAGAUCAUUUCGAACCUCUACCACAACUUCCCCGAGCAGCGGAUAUUAAUCGUGACCCACUCCAACCAGGCCCUCAACCAGCUCUUCGAGAAGAUCAUGAUGCUGGACAUAGACGAGCGUCACCUGCUCCGUUUGGGACACGGCGAGGAGGCCCUGGAGACGGAGAAGGACUUCAGUCGCUACGGGAGAGUGAACUACGUCCUGGGGAAGAGGUUGGAAUUGCUGCAGGAGGUCAGCCGCCUGCAGGAGAGCCUCGGCGUAGGGGGAGACGUGGGCUACACCUGCGAGACUGCAGGGUAUUUCUACCUGUAUCAGGUGAUAUCCCGUUGGGAAAAGUUCCUGGAAGCUGUAAAGACGGGAGACUCCUCUGCACAGAGCGUACAGGAGCACUUUCCCUUCACCAAGUUCUUCAGCAACGCCCCUCAGCCCCUGUUCCACGGAGAACGCUUUGAGGACGACAUGGAGAAGGCCCAGAGCUGCUUCAGAUACCUGCAGGACAUCUUCACGCAGCUGGACGAGUUCAGGGCCUUCGAGCUCCUGAGGAGCGGCCUCGACCGUUCUCGCUACCUGCUCGUGAAAGAGGCGAAAGUGAUCGCCAUGACCUGUACGCACGCGGCACUCAAGCGGCACGAGCUCGUCGACCUCGGCUUCGAGUACGACAACAUCCUCAUGGAAGAGUCGGCGCAGAUCCUGGAGAUCGAGACCUUCAUACCGCUGCUGCUGCAGAACCCGCGGGACGGCCACAACCGGCUGAAGCGCUGGAUCAUGAUCGGGGAUCACCACCAGCUCCCGCCCGUGGUGAAGAACAUGGCGUUCCAGAAGUACAGCAACAUGGAGCAGUCCCUCUUCACUCGCUUUGUCCGGCUGGGCGUCCCCACCGUCGAGCUGGACGGGCAGGGUCGGUCGCGGCCCAGCAUAUGCGACCUCUACAACUGGAGGUACAGGAACCUCGGGAACUUGCCCCACGUGACCGUCUGGCCCGAGUACCGGACAGCGAACGCGGGGUUCCACUUCGAUUACCAGCUGGUCGACGUCGGUGAUUUCAACGGCGUUGGGGAGUCGGAGCCCAACCCUUAUUUUUAUCAGAACCUCGCAGAAGCAGAAUAUGUGGUGGCAGUGUUUAUGUACAUGCGUCUCUUGGGAUACCCAGCAGAACGCAUCUCCAUAUUGACCACGUACAACGGCCAGAAACACCUCAUCAGAGACGUAGUACGACAACGCUGUGAAUCAAAUCCACUGAUUGGCCGACCUCACAAGGUGACAACCGUAGACAAGUAUCAGGGACAGCAGAACGACUACAUCCUCCUGUCGCUGGUGCGGACACGCGCUGUGGGUCACCUGCGAGACGUGCGUCGCCUUGUAGUAGCCAUGUCUCGUGCUCGCCUGGGGCUCUACGUCUUCGCACGGAUUGCUCUCUUCCGCGACUGCUUUGAACUUGCCCCGACCUUCGGCAUUUUACUGAAACGUCCAACGAAGCUGUGGCUAGCAGUGCAUGAGGGUUACCCUUCAGCUCGCCCAAGCGAUGCACCACCAGGGGGCGAGCCGUUCAUAGUUGAAGACAUGACACAAAUGGCACAAUUUGUCUACGAGUUCUACCAACGCAAGGUUGACAAUAUGGCGGCGCAGCUGAAGGCAACAAAGCCUGUGUCAGAGAAACCAGCUGCGCCCCCAGAGGAGGAGAGCAAAGAAAAAGAGGGCAACCCUGAAGAAGAGGAUGAUAUUGCGGAGCCUGCUUGUGAAUAACUGUACAUAAUUAUUAAUAAUUAUAAUGCAUAAUUUUCCAGA